CACACUCUCACCAUCACCAUCACCAUCACCACCUCAAGCCUCUCAACUUAAAACAAUAGCCCAAAAUCCCUCAACGCCCAGAAAAGCAACAAGAACAAGAGAUGAGGAAAAAAAAAGAAUAAUGACAUCCCCCGCCCCAGACUGGACCACCGCCUUCCCCCCACCCCGCGCCACCGUCCUCUCCCUCACAGGCGGGGAAGUAGUGAAGAUGUUUGACGAUAUGGAUAUCACCUCAUCAAUGCGGGGGUUCCUGUUGGUUGAUGUGAGGAGGGAGGAUUGGGUGGUGAGUUGACUUUACAAAAAAGCUACCCCGCUGCCCCUCGUUGUGUGAGCUAGAGUAAGUGUUACCUAGCUAGGUAGAUAGGUAUUGGUUGUAGGAGUAGGAGUAUUUUGCGUGUACUUGUACCUGGGUACUAUGAUUGAGGAUUUUUUGAUGGUUGAUGGUUGAUGAUUGAUGGUGCUGACGAGUGAACAUGGAUAGGGCGGAACAAUCAAAACAUCUCUCAACCUCCCCGCACAGAGCUUCUAUCAGAGUCGUAAGGUGCUUUUAGAUCUUUGUGAGAGGGCGGGGAUUAAGAUGGUGGUUUUUUAUUGUGGUAUGUAUAUUCAUCAUCUUUCCUUUUUUUUUCCACACACUCCCUACCCCUAUUAUUAAAUUAUUUAUGAGCUGAGCUGAAUUGGUAAUCUGGUAGGAUCAUCCAAUGGAAGGGGCCCGCGAUGUGCAAAUUGGAUGCAGGAUUCUAUCGAUGAUAUUGCGAAGUUUGGGAUGAAGAGUACGCUGCAAGUGAGGAUUUUGAAGGGUGGGAUUAAGGGCUGGGUCAGGGAGUUUCAGGGGGGGUUUAUGGAGGGGUUUGAGGAGGGGAUGUGGGAUUUGGGGUGUUAGGGUGGGUGAGAGGCUUUUUGAUUCUUGUAUCCUGGACAGUUACGAGAAGUGAAAAACUCCGCUUUUUCGGAUAAAGAUUUGGAAAGAAUGAAAUGAUUCUUUAGGAGGUGACGAGGAGAGCUCUUCUUUUUUGCUUAGCGAAGAAUUUGGCCUUGGUUGUCAAGCACGAGAAGUUCGGUGGCCUGGCUCCAUUGUAUGCCUUUUCUGUUGACAUCCAAUUGCCCCAAUCUUGGUCCUUCCAAACAGCUCCAUCCUAUGAGAAGGACCGACUUUUCGAGC